AUGUACCAUAUGCCCCGGUCUUAAGACUAUGUGACUGCCUACUUCUCUAGCGAGGAAGAGGAGCGCCGUCGAGCUGGCCUUUUGCCAGGUGGCUGCCACUGCCGGCAAAACGAGGACUGCUUAAGUGGUUACUGCUAUCUUAGUGACAGUCUUGGUCCUGAUCCACACGAAGAACGAUGUGCCACCGAGCGCAUCGAGGCUGUGACAAGUUUGGAUCUUGGCUAUGAUACAUUACAUGACCAGUUAUUCACAAUCAUGCACAUCGGAGGCCGCGAUGCCGGUAGGCGAUCCUGUAAUAGCAAACCAUAUGAUUGCCCAGAUGGUACGGCGCUAGGAUGCCGCACAAAAUGCCUUAUUUUCGACAACCGAGCCAAUGUUAUCAUUGCAGAAGGCUUUCGCAAUGCCACCUUCCUUGAUGAAGCCCGGUACAAAGGCGUUACUCUCGGCAACCAGGAAGGAGAGAUCAUGAAUGAUUUGAUUUACAAGCACAACUUUUUUAACCGAGAGGAGUCGAUUGACUUUCAGGUGAGACUAAACAGACCAUCUUAA